UCGGGUCUGAGAUCGCUAGUUUACUCACGGACGCAGACAGACCGGACGGUUUAUCCACCCUUUCGUAUAACACUUGACGGUAGUGUGUUGCAGACUAUGAAUUACGUCAUGACCUCAUAGAACAUCGUACAGUACGUUUUGUUCCAAUCCACACCAGAGUUGGGUCGUCAAUAUUAAAGAGUGAAUCAAGAUAGUCAGUAAGAAAUAUUAAAGUUACACUAUGGCUUCCAAGCCAGAAGAUGAGUUUCAAAACUGGGUAAAAGUUCAGAUGGCAUUGGAUCAUUUCAAAUCGGCCUUAAUUCCAUUAAUUAAAGAUUGUUUUUUCCAUUUUUAUGAUGCCAGUUUGAAAAACAUCACAACGAAUUGUAAGGUCAAAUACCAAUGUAAAAGUUGUGAUAUACGCACACUUCAACCUAAGCAUAGCAAAGAGUCUGUGACAAUUCAAUGCCCAGAAAACGGAGCGUGUGGCGAAAUGGUUAAUCUUAUAACAAAGGAACACGUGGGCCUCAGCCCAAUGUGGUCGAAUACACGGAGUGAAUUGUGGGCAGACAUUGAAAAAGGUCCUUGGGAAAUCAUGAAAUGUUUUGUUAAACAACCUGGAAUCAAUGAUACAUUGAGUAUAGAAGAGGCUGGAGUAGCUGAACUCAUCCAGAUAUGCACGAAUAGCAAAAGUUUUAGGAACAAGAUGGGAGAAAAAAGCAUUACCAUUACUGUCAUCGAGCAGAUUGGUGAGUUUCGCAACGAACUAUACCAUUCCGGAGCUAAGAUAAUUUUGGAGCAGGAUAACAUGAUUUACCAGUUUCUUAGUCAAUUGAUGUCAGUCUAUACACCCCUGGCAUUUGAUCCUCUUGUCCUUUAUCCCAAGCGGAUAGACCCACAUGAUGAAGAUGUUCAAAAUCAAAUACAGCAGCUGUCGGUGCAAAUAAAGGAGAUAAGGCAGCUAGCAGAAAAAGGAUUGGAUAUCAAACAGAUAAGACAGGAUUUUCCGAAUACUAAACUUCCAGGAAAAGUCAAAAAAGAGGACUCCUGUAUACAAUACUCAGAUACUGACCUUGUCUUUGAAUCAUUUCCAAUGCGUUCUAAACUCCGAGCCGUAGUUGAACGAUUUGGGCGACCGUCAAAAGAACUUGAAAAUCUGUGUAAUGUUGUUUAUAGCUCCAUACGUGGGAAAUUGAGCGUAGAACAUGUAUAUGCUGCUUAUCAAGUCACUGAUCAAAGGAAUUUGACGUUUGUGGUUACUGUAAAAAGCGAUGGGGACGUGAUUGAUGUUGAAAAAUGUCUGAAAGAGCUUGCAAUCGAAUGUGUAAUCAAAUCACCACAUCAAACAAACAGUGAUAAUAAAGAAACCGUCGUCCCAUGUAAUCUACCAAUACAAGAAGAGGAUAUCAAAAAGUUGAGAAACUGUAUUACGACGCAUGCUGACCAGUUACGUGCAAAUCAUCGAUAUCUAAACAUGAUUAAAGGAUUCAUGCAUAAAGUGAAUAACCCAUCGUCAGAAAACAAAAAUCAAUAUGAAGCUCGUUUGGCAAUGUUUGUGCAUGCACAAGGAUAUAUUCCAAUCGAUGAGGAGCCAAUUAAGAAGAAUAUCGAUGGUAUUCAAGUAGAUGUUCGAGAAGGUGCGUUUAUGCUAGACAGUCGUCAGCCUGCUGAUGCCGUUCUCAACGAUAUAUCCAUGGGAUGUCAAAUAUCUCGUAAUAAAAGUGGAACACUAAGUUUAUUUUUUGAACAUCCUGAUCACGGUCUUUGUGGAAUCACCAGUGCACAUGUUCUUCUGUCUGCCGAUGAAUUAAUACAAUGUGAAGAUAAAUCCAGUCAUUUCAGUGUCAGUGACAGUGACGAUGAAAAUGACGUUCAAAAUGACGUUUAUCAACCACAUUUCUCACCUGUACGUGACAACGUAAUCGGAAAACUUAAGGAGGUUAUUUACAAACCAUUGCAUGGACUUGAAAUCGCAAUCUUUUCAAUAAAAAAACGACCACCUAAAUAUGGCGAGUUUCCAAUACCGAGGGAUGGAACAGAUUUAGGUCUAAUAUAUACAUCAGGAAGAGCAUAUCAACCACGACAGAAUCGAAGAUGCGUUAAAUUUGGGAUUACUACUGGGUAUACGGCAGGAAUGAUCAUUAUGCCACGAUGGCCAAAUGCCUUUUUUAUUCGUAAUGCAGGACUUACGUUAGUCAACCUGAUAGAAAUUAGGCCAGUGGCUGGUGUGUUCGCACAACCUGGCGACUCAGGGUCUGCUGUGUUUGUACAAGAUGGUGACGGAGAACCGGUCUGCAUUGGUAUUCAUUGUAUUCGCGAUGUGUUCGAUUCUUGUUAUGCGACACCUAUACAAUCUGUUUUAGAGGCAUUAGACAUUUCAAAAUUUAAAACAUUUUCCACCAGACCACGGAGCAUAUGGUCAUGAAUAUUGCAAAAAUUAUUAAGGUACUUUAAAAAAAAAGAAAACAAAAUAUAUCUGAUGCUGACAUAAACAACCAUCCAUAGUGAAUACAAACACAAAGAAUAACACAAAAGACAUGCUUAUGUGUUCGAUGAUAUGAUAAUGUGUUCCUUUAUUUUUGUACAUGUACUUGUUUCAUAAAAUAAUUUAUAAAAUAAUCUAUAGCUUUGAACUUAAACGCAUUUACUAGUCAACAAACUUUAGUACUUGUAAGCUUAUUUGAUACUUUGUUGACUUUUUAUUUUGUUACAAAAUAUUACAAGUGUUUUCGGUCGAUUACCAUUUGACAUUAUACAUGCGAUAUGCAACGAUUGUUGUGUAAAUAUCUGUAUGGUUCUACUAAUAAUCUAUUAUACUCGGUAAAUGUGUAUUAUCAAUUUUGUAACGCUGGUUGUACAGUUAAUGUAUAAUACAAUUAUGUUCUGGGCUGGUAUUCCACAAUCAUCUCAAGUCUUUCCUUAAAUUAUUUCACUUUAGUUCAAAAUUACAAUGUGUUGUAUUUCUUUACUAAAUAAGGAAACACAUGUGUUUUGGUAUUCCUAAAAUACCAUUGGCAUAAUGAUGUUAUUUAAAUGUAUUUCUUGAUGCAAAGCUAUUACAAUAUGAAAAGAAACACUAAAGAAAAUUUCCCAAUUUAAGGAAAAGAAUAAAAUUUAACUUGAGACGCUUCUGGAAUACGACCCCAGGUCUGUUCUUUACUAUAAGCUUAUAACAUUUGAGCAUUAUUGAUCUAACUUUAGUUAACAACAUAACAUAGAUGAAUACUAAUAUACGAAUGUAUAUUGUGUUCCGGAAACAAUAAUAUACGGUAAGCUAUAAUAUGUCUGGAUUGGACAUGUGAAUUUUGUUUAAGAUAAAGCUCAGCAAAUUCUAGGGGAACAGAUCAUUUGUGUUAUUUUAAUAAGCCAAACACAAAAAAUAUGGGCUGAUAUAUACGUUCAUUUUCAUGCACUUGUUUUUGUUUUGAGAAUACCGCUUGACUUUGCUUACUUUAUAUGGGUCGAAUACAUACACUACCUUCCUGUUUUUAUAGAUCCUUUGAAUAUAUUGAAAUACUUAACCAAACCAAUCGUCAAUUUAUCAUAUGCCGUGAUUUAAACCUGGGAAUAGCGUACUUUCUGUACAACCAGAUCGUUUGAUACGCAUUAAUUAUGUUUUGUUUAAAUUGCGUAUGUACAAGAACUUUACGAAAAAAAGCUCCAUAACAAUAACCACUACCCAAUGCAAUUAUCGAAACAUAAAUUUUACUACUGGCAGUUAGUUCCAGCUGUAAUAAUAUAAGCGGAAAAUAAACAAAAAUGCAUUCUUCCUUAACAGAAGAAUAUUACUUAACAGGGAAAAUACUUAAUAAAUAAAAAACUAUAAUUGCGACACCUGUAAUGGGUGGUUCUAAAGGAAUAAGGAAUAACUAAACUGAAAACCUUUCAUCCAAACCUGAAACAAAUGCAAAUGGACAUUGCAGCUCUUUGUAAGCAUUUGUUACCGCCACGAAAUAAAACACUAUAAAAAGGGCAAAGCAUCUUAAACUUAAAUGAAGGCUUAAUCAGAAAUGUGAAGGCACUUAAUGAGAUUAUCAGGAUUUCCAGUUAUAAAAAACCCAAUAUGCAAUCUCCAUUUAUAUCAUAUCACUAAAAAAGCAUUGUAUCAGGUUAUUAUCACAGCACACGUGUUUAUCAAUGUUUUAACUAUAAUACAGAUGUACCCACAUGUCAUUUAAAAUGGAAUACAGUUUUUAAUAACAUUGAAUGGACAAAAGGACAUACAAUUUAUUUUACCUUAUCUAGAGACGCAUACAUUCAAUGUAUCCAGACAAGAAUUAUUCACAGAAGCUUAGGAAUAAAAUCUUUGAUAUAUAAAAUGAACAUUGUUAAUGACAAUGUAUGUUCCUUUUGUAAUUACAUACAUUAUAGGACUGCAUUUUUACAAAGAGAAUUGUACAUUAUGUUGUAUAAUUUUUAGGAUCACAUAAUGUGCAACAAUAAACAGAGAUUUCCUGUCAAACAAUGCUAUUUGGGGUACAGGCAUUAAUAUGACUGAUAUAAAUAUCCUUAUCCUAGAAAUUAAAAAGUAUAUAUUUGUAUUCAAGAGGAAUGGUUUACUACCUUCAAUAAGAGGACUGAACAAUUGCCUUUGAUAAUCAAGGACAAUUCAAGCUUUAACAAAAUAUUAGCAAAAUGAACUACAAAACUGGGAUGUUGUAAAGCUAUGUGUAGAUCAAUACAAUAAUCUUAUUGUAUUUGUGUUGUUUACUUUAAAUAUUUAGUGACAUUGCUGUUUACUUAUUUGUAUAAUUUUAUGAGCAUUUGUGUAUGUGUUUGUGUAUGUGUGUUUAUGUUUGUAUCUAUAUAAUGUUAUGCAUGGACAGUGUGUACCACUAGUAAAGCAAUUCGUGUUUUAUGUCAAACAAAUUAAAUUGUUGAAUGAACUCUAUAAUAUUAUUAUAUACUAACACAUACACAUGUAAACAAUAAGUUUUGUAUUGAAAAGAGGUGCAAAAAAAUUUGCAUAAAAAAUAUUUAUAUAUUUCAUAUUGUUUUAAGUGUUAAUUUACUUAAAAAUAUCCAGGAUUGGCUGCCUCUUUUCGUUUUUUGUCCUCUCACUGUUUAAUAUGGAGGCAGAAACAAAUAAGUACAUUUCUUGUUAAUGUGUUUUAUAUAAUAAGUUACACAUUUUUUUGUAUAUAAUUGUAGAAUGAAUCAAAGACUACCGACCGUUAUCGCGGCAAAAUAAUAUUUGUUAAUACAGUAUAAUAUUUGAAAACAUAUGAAUGUCUCCUGCAAUUUAGAUUUCAACUUAAUAGCUUCAAAUAAAGAUCGGGUCAUUUUGUUGAGUCUGUAUCGUUAGAAUAUAGUGACUUACAGCAUUACUCUCUAUAUGGAUAAUUAAUCAAGUAGUAUACCGGGGAAUAUUGUUUUGCUGGAUGUCGGUCGGUCUUUCUGUAGACCAGUUUCUGCCGAUCAAUAACUCGUCCACGAAUUGACCGAUUGGCUUGAUACUUCACAUGUGCAUUUGUCUUAGAAAGGAGCUGACCCCUAUUGAAAUAUGGGUCAUUAGGUCAAAGGUCAAUAUCACUGGCACAAUAAGUGUGAAAAUCGUUUCCGAUCAAUAUAUAAAUAAGUUGUACAGCUAUUUGUAGAUUAGAAGAAUAAUCUUAUUGCAUUUGUGUUGUUCGCUUUGAAUAUAUAAUACCUUUGCUGUUUGAUUAAAUGUUAUAAUUUUCUGAAGUCCAAACAUUUUUUUUUUUCCUAACAUAGCAUUUAUGUGUGUGUCUGUGUGUAUGUGGUUUUGUUUGUAUCGAUAUAAUGUUAUGCAUGGAUUAUACGUACCUCUAGUAUACAUGCUUUAUGCCAAGCAAGUUAAGUUGUUGAAUGAACUAUUUUAUAUUAUUAUAUACUAACAAAUUAACAUGUAAAUUAACAAUAAGUUUUGUAUUGAAUGGAUGUGAAAUAAAAUUUACAUUAAAAAUAUUUAGAAAAAAAAAUAAACAUGGUGAAAAACAAAAAUAUAUUUGUAAAUAUGUAUAUAUUAGAUGAAACGUUGUAUAAAUACCUUUUAUAAUCCUGUAUGUAUUUAGUAUUGUGUUAAGUGUUAAUGCACUGGAAAAUAUGCAGGACUGGCUGCCACAUUUUGUUUUUUGUCCUCUCACUGUUUUAUCUAGAGGCAGAAACAAUAAAGUACAUUUCUAGUUAAUGUGUUUUGUAUAAUAAGUUACGAAACAAUUGAUAUAUACCUGUAAAAUGAAUCAAAGACUACCUACCGGUAUCGCGGCAAAUUAAUAUUUUUCAAUACAGUAUAAUAUUUGUAAGCAUAUGAAUGUCUCCUGCAAUUUAGAUUCCAACUUAAUAGCUUCAAAUAAAGAUCGGGUCAUUUUGUUGAGUCUGUAUCGUUAGAAUAUAGUGACUUACAUCAUUAAUCUCUAUAUGGAUAAUGUAUCAAGUAGUAUACCGGGGAAUAUUGUUUUGCUGGAUGUCGGUCGGUCUUUCUGUAGACCAGUUACUGCCGAUCAAUAACUCGUCCACGAAUUGACUGAUUGGCUUGAUACUUCAUAUGUGCAUUUGUCUUAGAAAGGAGCUGACCCCUAUUGAAAUUGGGGUCAUUAGGUCGAAGGUCAAUGUCACAGGCACAAUAAGUGUGAAAAUCGUUUCCGAUCAAUAUAUAAAUAAGUUGUACAGCAAUUUGUAGAUUAAAAGAAUAAUCUUAUUGCAUUUGUGUUGUUCGCUUUAAAAAUAUAUAAUACCUUUGCUGUUUGAUUAAAUGUAAUAAUUUUCUGAAGUCCAAACAUUUUUUCCUAUCAUUACAUAGCAUUUGUGCAUGUGUCUGUGUGUAUGUGGUUUUGUUUGUAUCGAUAUAAUGUUAUGCAUGGAUUAAACGUACCUCUAGUAUACAUGCUUUAUGCCAAGCAAGUUAAAUUGUUGAAUGAACUAUUUUAUAUUAUUAUAUACUAACAAAUUAACAUGUAAAUUAACAAUAAGUUUUUUUUUAAUGAAUGUGAAAUAAACUUUACAUUAAAAAUAUUUAGAAAAAAAAAUAAACAUGGUGAAAAGCAAAAAUAUAUUUGUAAAUAUGUAUAUAUUAGAUUAAACGUUGUAUAAAUACCUUUUUUAAUCCUGUAUGUAUUUAGUAUUGUGUUAAGUGUUAAUGUACUGGAAAAUAUGCAGGAUUGGAUGCCACUUUUUGUUUUUUGUCCUCUCACUGUUUAAUCUGGAGGCAGAAGCAAAACAGUACAUUUCUAGUUAAUGGGUUUUGUAUAAUAAGUAACGAAACAAUUUUUAUAUACCUGUAAAAUGAAUCAAAGACUACCUAUCGGUAUCGCGACAAAUUAAUAUUUUUCAAUACAGUAUAUUUGUAAGCAUAUGAAUGUCUCCUGCAAUUUAGAUUCCAACUUAAUAGCUUCAAAUAAAGAUUGGGUCAUUUUGUUGAGUCUGUAUCAUUAGAAAAUAGUGACUUGCAUCAUUCAUUUCUAUAUGGAUAAUGUAUCAAGUAGUAUACCAGGGAAUAUUGUUUUGCUGGAUGUCGGUCGGUCUUUCGGUAGACCAGUUACUGCCGAUCAAUAACUCGUCCACGAAUUGACCGAUUGGCUUGAUACUUCACAUGUACAUUUACCUUAGAAAGGAGAUGACCCCUAUUGAAAUUGGGGUCACUAGGUCAAAGGUCAAGGUCACUAGCACAUUAAGUGUUAAGAUCGUUUUCGAUCAAUAAAUUAUAAACGAAUUAACCGACUGGCUUGAUACUUUUCACGUGCUUUGGACUUGUACAGGAGAUUACCCCUAUUGAAACUGGGAUUACCAAGUCAAAGGUCAAUGUCACUGUGACAAUAAGCGUGACAAUUGUUUACGAUCAAUAACAUGUCAACAAAUUGACUGAUUAGCUUGAAACUUCCCAUGUGCAUUGAAGGUAGGCAGUAGAUGACCCCUAUUUAAAUUGGAGUCACUAGGUCAAAGGUAAUAGUGACUGUCACAAUAAGUGGAAACAUUGUUUCUGUUCAAUAACUCGUCAACAAAUUUACCCAUUGGCUUGAUACCUUUCAUGUGCAAUCAUCUUUGACAGUAGACGGCCCCUAUUGAAACUGGGGUCACUAGUUCAAAGCCUUGUUUUGGGGAAAUGCAUAUGUCUUCGACCAAGGAACUCUUGUCAACAUUGGGCCCCAGUGAAAUUAAAAAGGUACAUCAUAAGCAUGAUGUUUCCAUGGAUACAUUCCAUUAGUGUUAACACCAACACGUUUUAAAUUCGUGGAUUGUUUUUUAAAUAUAGAAAAGAAUUAAAGUGGCAUAUUUAUGUAUUCAACAACAUUCUAAUCAAUAACUUAUUUUUGAGAUGUUUAAUACAUGCUAAAUAAAUUAUUUCAAAAUUCAGAUAACGUACAGAUUCCUUAUCGCAUGCCAUUAAAAUAUAUGUCCGGCGGUAGGAAGUAAAACUCUACAUGAAAAUCCUAGAACUUAGCAAAAUCUUACCUAUGUACACUAUAGAAUUUUUCAACGAAAGUCUUUAUUAACAGUUUGAUUAAGUUGACAGAGUGUAUAUUUAAAAAAUGUCCAUUAAAUUGAAAAAAACAGUGUAUAUAAUUCUACAAAAUCUCUUUGAUUUCUUCAUUUUGAUAAUUUUCACCGUCAAUAUGAUUUCAAUACCAAUCGUGAAAAUCCGUUGCGUUUAACAUAUAUGCAACAAAUCGUCUAAUAAUUGAUGUCCAUAUGUUAUAUCUGAUAAUUGCUUGUGUAUGUACCGUAAGUUGUACAUUGUGACCUGCAUAUAUUAGCAAUAUAUUUAUUCUUCGUUAAAUGUAUAAAUUUAUUGCUAUUUAUGCAGUAAUGACAGUUUGUAUGUGUUUCAUUACGCAGUUAUUAUAUUAGCGCCUGUAUACAAUGCAAUAUUGUACACCAUUCAUUAUGAUUGGUUAUAUAUACUGAUGAUGUACUGUGUGGGGGAGAUGACCUCGACCCCCACACACCUAUAAGCGAGGCAAAUCAAAUAUAUAGAACGGAAAAAAUCAAAACAGUUAAAAAAAAUAUAGAAAAGUAUUAACAAAGAGGCAUAUUUAUGUAUUCAGCAACAUUCUAAUCGAUGGACAAUAACUUAUUUGUGAGCUUUUUAAAUACAUGCUAAAUAAAUUAUUUCAAAAUUCAGAUAACGUAAAAAUUCCUUAUCGCUUGCCUUUAAAAAUAUGUCCAGCGGAAGGGUGUUUAACUUGAAAAUCCUAGAACUAAGUAAAUUAUGACAUAUUUACUCUCUAUAAAUUAUUCGAAGAAUGUGUUUAUAAACAGUUUGAUUUAGUUGAAAGAGCGUAUAUUUCAAAAUGUGUCAAUUAAAUUGUAAAAAAAUCUACCAUUGUAUAUAAUGCUUUAAAAUCUAUUUUAUUUCUUCAUUUUGAUAAUUUUCAACGUCAGUAUGAUUUCAAUAUCAAUCGUGAAUAUCCGCUGAUUUGCAUUUAACGUAUAUGCAACAAAUUGGCGAAUAAUUGAUGUCAAGAUGUUAUUUCAGAGAAUUGCUUGUGUAUAAGCAUACGUAUUUAUCAUAAAUAUCACCUUUACCGGGACAUAACCACAUGAAUGAUACCUUAUCGCUAAUAUAACAUGUAUGUUAUUAACGUGUUGUGUAAGCUGAUGUGUUGGAUUUCUAUUUAGGCAUACUUCUGCAUUAGACAACCAAAUGCUUUCAUAAAACUUGAUCAUGAACACUCCCGAAUUCAAAAUGAAAAUAUCAACAGGUUUAGCGAAACAUUUCUCUGUUUAAAGUCCACAAAGGUCUUCAGAUUCAGUUUAACAAUGCGCGUAAGUGCCUUCAACUCUAUACACAAAAAGAAAGUUCAAUUGUUUUUGCUAAAUGUUUCUUUUUCCAUUUAAACAGUGCUUUUUGUGAAAAACAAAUACGGUUUAAAUAUAAAUUAGGAAAACUGGCAAAUAUCUAUAAAUAACCAUUGCGUCAUACGUUCUGCAUGCGAAAACCUGCUACUGUUCAGAUUAUUAUAUUCAGUAGUUGGCACUUACUCCAGUUUAUGUACUUGUAAUGAAAUUUAAAGACUUUAAAAAAAGCAAAACGUGUUCAUUAAAGUUUUAUGUUUUCUUACACAUUUGUUACAAGUUUGCUAGAAGUACAUGAGCGAUUUCUGGUUAUCUAUUGCACGAAGUAUACAUGUCUUGCCGGAAUACAUACAUUAUUAUUUGACAAAAUGAUAUAAAUGCUUUUUGCACUACAUAUGUUUGGGAAUUGAUUGUUGUGUGUUUUUUGUCAAUUUCAUGAUUUGGCAAUCGCCAUAAAUAAUUAUACGUAUAGAUCACUAGUAUAGAUUACUAGUACAUGUUUUGUUUUGAUAAAGUAUCGCCUUAGUCUAAACGGUUAUUAUUUUCAUAUAUUACGUUCAUUUGUAUUUAUAUUUAUUUUAAUUUGCAUGAUGAUGAUCUGAAAUAUUAACUAUAUGAUGCUAUAUUUUUAAAUCUUUUGUUAAAAGAAGGGAUAUAGUUGAUACUUGUUCGUAAUUUCAUUUCAUCGUUCCUCAAAAUGUUGUAACUCUGUUGCUCUGGUCUCCUUCCUACCAUUGAGUAAUUAAAUGGUAAUUAAAUAGAAUGCAUUCUAUUUCUAUUUUAUUACUGUUAAAUUUGAGUUGCAAUACUAUGAGUUAAAUAUUAUUUACACUUGAAUAUUGCUAGGCCAAGUGUGAGGUUGAGCCCUCUAAAACCGGUUUAAACCCCCAGUGCUUAGCAUUUACCGUUCCAAGGAGGUUUCCCUAGCUGUAUUAUCAUAUGUGUGUAUGUUGUUUCGUAUUGAACCGUACUGUUUUGGCAAUUGGAUACUUGAAAUAAAUAACGGACCACGAACAUGUGUAUAAUAGGAAUGCAAUACUGCUGGAGUAACUGGAGUUUUACAUCUAUAUAUUACAUAAUAUCAAAAUAUAAUUGUUUGCAGAUUUAUUAAUUUAAUUAUUUGCAAAUGAAUAAACAUUUUUAGAUUAAAAAAACUUAAAAUAACAAUCCGUCAACUGAUUUUGUUGUUUACAGAGUGUACAUGUUUGAAUAACUGUGUUGUUUUUUGUGUACGUAUGUUGAAUAGUAUGCCUUAAACAUAACGAUGAAGUGUAACCUUAUUUUAAUCGAUUGUUAUGCCAUCCUUCGAAGAAGAAGGCUUAAACUGUUUUGCUGGAUGUCGGUCGGUCGGUCUGUCUGUUGGUCGGUCUGUCUGUCGAUGGACCAGUUCGUUUCUGAUCAAUAACUCGUCAACAAAUUGGCCACUUGGUUUGAUACUUAACAAGUUCAUUUCCCUUGGACAUAAUAUGACCCCUAAUAAAAUUGGGGUCACUAAACCGAAUGUCAAGGUCACAGUCACAAUAGGUGUCAAAAUUGUGUCCAAUCAAUAACUCGUCAACGAAGUGACCUAUCGGCUUGGUACUUCAUUAGAUAACAACAGAUGACCUAUUAUAAUUAGGGUCACCAGGUUAAAGGUCAUGGUCGCUGUCACACUAAGUGGGAAAUCGUUUCCGUAUAAUAACUCGUAAACGAAUCGACCGAUUGGCUUGAUACUGACCAUGCGCAUUGGACUUGGACAGUACAUAAAUCCUCUUGAAAUUAGGGUCACUAUGUCAAAUGUCAAGGUCACUGUUACAAUUAGUGUGAAAAUCAUAUCCGAUCGAUAACUUGUCAACAUAUUGAAAGAUUUGCUUGAUAUUUCAGAUGUGCUUUGGCCUUGGGCAGUAGGUGUCCCCUAUUGAAAUUCGGGUCCCUUGUUCAAAGCCCUGUUUUGGGGGCAUAUGUCCCGAUUGCGGAACUCUUGUUAUUUUUUUAAGUAGGGGCUAUAUACACGUAUAUCUAACGUCAUAAUAAGUAAAAUUUGAUAUAAUUUUUCGUUUUCUUUUCAAGAUUUGUCUUUGUUAUUUGUUGAAGUGUGUUUUGUUUAAUUAUCAAGUACUUAAUUAAAGAAAAAAAAUUAUCGCUUAACAAAUCGAUAAGUAAGUAAUUCGACGACAUUCAUAAUGUAGCAAACAUAAAUGCCACUGCUGUUCUUGGAAUGUAUGUUUUGUGAAUAAAAGUUUGCAUAGUUU